CGUAAAGUCUCCCUCUGCAGACUCUACCAAGGUAAGCAAUCUGUAGUCAGUCUUCUUUUUCUUUCUCUGGACGGAGUAACGCAGGUCUUUCUCCUCUUUUCUCCGAUCCGAUUGUUCUUUCAUCACCUCUUGCGAGGUUGAAAUUGCAAGCUUUAGAAUUGGUAUUAAGGCAGUGGACAGAGACUCCUAGAUGGAAGCUCAAUUCUUCCGUUUUCUCAAAAUUGUGGGUGUUGGUUUUAAAGCGAGAGCUGAAUCAGAAGGUCGCCUUUUGUACCUAAAGUUAGGAUACAGCCAUGAGGUUGAACUAACUGUGCCACCUGCAGUUCGAGUCUUUUGCUUCAAACCUAAUGUCGUUUGCUGUACUGGAAUUGACAAGAACAGGGUUCACCAGUUUGCAGCUGCUGUUAGGAGCUGUAAGCCUCCUGAAGUUUACAAAGGCAAGGGUAUAAUGUACAUUGAUGAGGUCAUAAAGAAGAAGCAGGGAAAGAAAUCUAAAUGAUCUAAUAAUGCUGCCUGGCUCUUUAUUAUUCUGUUUUUUAUUUUAUUUUUAUGUCUUUUCACUUUUUAGGUGAUUUGCUGAUAUGCUUGGCACUCUUUUAUGGAGAAAGCAUCAUGUACUAAUUUGCAAUGUAACAGGGAUUUUGAUCUAUAUUUACUUCUUUCUAUCUUAAAUAAGAUUAUGGUUUUGGAUGCCAAGCAUU